GAACGAUGAAACAGCAGAGGUGGUGUAUCAAUUGCAGCUGAGGUGAGCGUUGUCCACCACUUCCACAUGGACACAUUUCCUCGAGCGGUAAUGAACUCAUGAAACACCAGCUUUGCGCAGAAUUACUGCAUUGUCGCGGCUGCUGGUAUGCAGUUCCCCUUGCAGGUCGACAUACUUUUCGUUCUCAUAUCAUGAACGAUGCAGCGCUCGUCCUCUAUGAUAAUCUCUUGACGAUCUCGCAAGAGGCUGAACUUAUAUGGGCUCGCAAAAGAACCGUUGCAAGUACACUGUUCGCGCUCAACAGAUGGUUCAGUAUCGGAUACGCGGUGUCCAUGAUACUGCUCAUUCCUCAAUGGACUACCAGUCAGGUGAGUGCGUUCACCAUUCGAUCGAGCAUAAUAGGAUCUCCAUAAUCUCCGUUCCUAGAGGUACGAGGCAGUGUUGUGCAAUCGCAAUACUCAAAAUUUCACAUAACACAUUUUCAGCUGUGCGGUGGUCAACCUUCUGUUCCCAG